AUGGUCCCCGCCGCCGGCACGCUGCUCUGGGCCCUGCUGCUGAGUCUGGGGCCCCGGGCGGCGGGGGCCCAAGGCCUGACUUCCACCGAGACCCAGCGGGUCAGUUUCCGCUUCGGGGUCCCUAUGUCCCGCCACUACCGGACCACCCUCCGGACCGGUGGCCCCAGGAGGAUGAAGGUAACAAUGGAGGAUGAGGAUGACGUCGGAGCCACUGUCGAGCGCCUAGCAGGCCCGGCUGCUGCGGAGCUCUUGGCCUCCACGGUGGCCACAGGCGUCAGCAAGUCGAUUGUGUCGUCGGCCGAGGAGGAUGAGUCUUUGGAAGAGGGGGUUGUGAUUAACGCCAGAAAGAAUAACAUCACUGCAGCGUCUUUCAGCAGGGGUUACAAUACAGCGAGGGUGCCCAGCUCGAAGUUUAAAGCAAAUACCCAGGAGGGGGAGAUCAGGAUGUCUUCAGACGUGCCAGCCAACACCUGGCAGCCUACUGGGGGGGAAAUACAGCACCCCGACAGUACCAUGAGCCAGUGGUCCAUGGCCGGGUCCACCCCAAACCGGUGGCAGCAGCUCUCACACUCGGCCAUGCCCCCUCCCGAGGAUCUGCGGCUGGUGCUGAUGCCCUGGGGCCCGUGGCAUUGCCACUGCCAGUCAGGCACCAUGAGUCGGACCCGGUCUGGGAAGCUGCAGGGCCUUUCCGGGCGCCUUCGAGUUGGGGCACUGAACCAACUCCGUACAGAGCAUCGGCCAUGUACCUAUGAGAAAUGUCCGUGCAACCGGCUUCGGGAGGAGUGCCCUCUGGACUCCAGUCUCUGCUCUGACACCAGCUGUACCACUCAGACCACCACCAGUACUACCACCACCACUACUACCACCACUCCCCCACCCCGUCUCAGCUCUAGAAUCAGACCUACGCCCUUCCUCUUCUUUGGCCCCAGCCCCAGCCCCAGUCCAGCCCUUGCUUUUUGGAGACGGGUCAGGAUCGGGCUGGAGGAUAUUUGGAACAGUCUGUCUGCAGUGUUCACAGAGAUGGAACCACUAGAGAAAAACCGCAGGUAAUGGCCACUUCAUCUGCAAGAGGUUUCAGCAUCUCAACCUUUCCACCCUUUUUGAUCCCAGUACCCACUGGAUAUUUUUAGUACAG